UCCACUCCUUCAUUGCAUCUCACUCGCCGACCGCAAACCCUUCUCGGCUCCCCUGUUCUGGCCGAGGAAGUACCCAAUCAAGUGGGAGCAGCGCUGCCGCGAGCUUUAGUGGGGAACGCAGCGGCUUAGGGGUCCGACCUCGGGAGACGGGGACGGUGGCAUUCGAGGUGGGGAGCUGUGAUCCCGUCUCCGGGCUUCGCUGGAGCCUUAAAGGUGUGAUCUUGAAGCAAUGUCGUUGGUUUCCAUGAGCAUUCUCUUGAUUUCCUCAUCCCUUCCUCCGACUUUGGUUCCAACGAGUUUCAAGAAUAUAUUUUGAGUCGAACGCCGUGGGUUCUACGGCGACUGUUCUAGCUCUUCUGGAGGUUUUGUAGAUCUGAAGCCGAAUUCAAAUCUUAGUGGAGAAAAUUGAUGACCUGGUUACAAUACGGAGCUGCGAGUUCUCGUAAUAUCCCAGGAAAUUCUUGAAGGUUUCAACUGUUGCACUGGUGAAUCCUUGGAGAAAUAGAUCGAAACAAUGAGAGAAGGGUCUCCUCUUUGACUCAGGCUGGCCAAUGUUAUGCCAACCUUUAAAUAACUCAGUAGCUUCCUGUUCCAAUUCGCCAAGUUUUUCUCCUUGGUUGGUCAAUGGAUAAAAAGGGAGAAGACAGAAAGAUGAAUCUGCCACUGCUUCUGCUUUGAUGAUGUCCUGAAAAUUGUACAGAUCGUUUCUUUUGGUGAGCAAUUCUUGCUGUACCAUUCCACUUCGGUAUGCUUGAAUCUGAUGAUGGCUGCUUAACCUGUAGCAGGGCAGCAGAACCACUUAAAUUGGACUCUUGAAACUGUUCAUUAUGUUACUUUACUUGAUCUAAAGUUUCCCAUGGAUCGCUCCGUGGUUUUCAUAUUAUUUCCUUUGAUUUUCCUUCUUCUGGACCUCUCAUCAUUUGCCACUGCUGACUUGAGUUCUGAUGAGCAAGCACUCCUUGCCUUUGCUAUGUCUGUCCCACAUGGCCGGAAACUCAACUGGACUUCUCAGAGCCCAAUAUGCUCCUCUUGGGUUGGAGUCACCUGUACACCUGAUAAAACCCGUGUGCGCACUCUCCGGCUUCCAGCUGUUGGGCUCUUUGGCUUGAUCCCUGCUGAUACACUUGGGAAACUUAAUGCCCUCGAAGUCUUAAGUCUAAGAUCCAACCGACUUAUCGUAGGUCUUCCUUCAGAUGUCGCAUCCAUUCCUGCUUUGCAUUCUUUGUACCUUCAACAUAACAAUUUAUCUGGGAUUAUACCUUCUACACUCUCUUCCAACCUUACCUUCCUUGACCUGUCCUAUAAUUCCUUUACAGGAGAACUUCCUCUGACAAUCAGAAACCUUACUCGACUCAAUGCUUUGUUUCUUGAGAACAACUCACUCUCUGGACCCAUCCCUGACUUUCAACUUCCCAAGCUUAGGCGUCUGAAUCUGAGUUAUAACAACCUCAGUGGCCCUAUACCACUAUCCCUCCAAAAGUUCGCAGUCGAAUCUUUCUUGGGUAACCCUUUCCUAUGUGGAACUCCUCUGGCACAAUGCUUUGAAAUUCCUCCCUCUUCUCCACCCUCUCCAUCAGAACACCCCACAAAACCCAAGCGAAGCUUUUGGAAAAAAUUAAGCACUGGGGUCAUUAUUGCAAUUGCUGCCGGUGGUUCAGCACUUCUGCUUCUACUCAUUAUUGUAAUUUUGGUAUGCUUUUACAAGAGAAAGCGUGGGGAAGGUAGUGGAGAACUAAAAGGAAAGGAUGCUCUUGGUGCUAGGCGUGAGAAACCUAAGGAGGAGUACAGCAGUAGUAUUCAAGAAGCAGAGAAGAAUAAGUUGGUAUUUUUUGAAGGAUGUUCUUAUAAUUUUGACUUGGAGGAUCUAUUAAGAGCUUCUGCCGAAGUUCUUGGAAAGGGAAAUCAUGGUACUACGUACAAAGCUGUUCUAGAAGAUGGUACCACAGUUGUAGUCAAGAGGCUGAAGGAAGUAAUCAUUGGAAAGAAAGAGUUUGAACAACAGAUGGAAAUGAUAGGAAGGAUCAGACCUCACCCAAAUGUGGUGCCACUUCGAGCUUAUUACUACUCCAAGGAUGAGAAACUUCUGAUAUAUGAUUAUGUCACGUCUGGCAACUUCUCCUCCCUCUUGCAUGGGAGUAAGGGUGCUGGAAAGACUCCAUUGGAUUGGGAGUCUAGGGUGAAGAUUUCUCUUGGAGCAGCACGUGGCGUAGCUCACAUUCAUGCUGAAGGUGGUGGAAAGUUCAUCCAUGGCGACAUCAAAUCCAAUAAUGUGCUCUUGACCCAGGAACUCGAUGCUUGUGUCGCUGAUUACGGCCUCGCUCCAUUCAUGAGCUCUGCAACAACCUCAUCCAGAAUUGUUGUGGGCUACCGCGCACCUGAAGUCAUUGAGACCAGAAAAUAUACUCAGAAGUCUGAUGUCUACAGCUUUGGUGUCUUGCUACUCGAGAUGCUCACGGGAAAGGCUCCACUUCAAUCUCCAGGACGUGAUGAUGUUGUGGAUCUACCAAGAUGGGUCCAAUCCGUGGUUCGAGAGGAGUGGACUGCCGAAGUUUUUGAUGUGGAGUUGAUGCGGCAUCAGCACAUCGAGGAAGAGAUGGUUCAGAUGCUUCAGAUUGCGAUGGCAUGCGUAGCAAAGUCUCCGGACCAGCGGCCCAAAAUGGAGGAGUUGAUUAGAAUGAUCGAGGACAUACGACACUCUGACUCGGAGAACAGGCCAUCCUCAGAGAAGUCGAAAGAUGAGAAAGUCGAAACGCCACAAGCAGCAGACACAGAAAGCACAAUGUAGCUCGUUAGGUUUGUCAAAGAGAUUUAAUUCUGCAGGUUAUUUGUUAGAUUUGAUGCAAGGUGAAAUUUGCACUGAAGGCUACUAAAACAUCAUCAUGUAUGCGUAAAAUUUGGUUGAUCUCUGGUUGUGUUUCACAAUUAAGUUGUACACAGUGUGGUAGAUAUUUAACCAUUCUAUUGCUCAUUUCCUCA